AUGGAUAGCCUCUCUCAAGGCCCCUAUGGACAUAGUCAGGGCGGAUACCCUUCCGAAUUCUCUGUCAACCCCGAACAGCACCACGAAGCUUAUUAUAACCAACCUUAUGAGCCGCCUACCACUACAACACCUUUUGCUGAUCAACAUGGAUACGAUUAUGAUGACCAGCACCCGAUGUUAGGCCAGAACGAGCCUUACGCGCAGCCUCAACCGCAAGAGCCAUAUGCCGAUGACCCAAAUCGCCAACAGCAGCAGGGCGCAGGGAUCAAGAGGUGGAAGACCGUGAAACAGGUGCUCCUAUACCGUGGUAAUUUGGUUCUUGAUUGCCCAGUACCCCCUCGACUGCUGAAUCAGCUUCCCCAUGGUGAGCGUGACGAAUUUACCCACAUGCGAUACUCAGCUGCUACUUGCGACCCGAAUGAUUUUUACAAUGAAAAUUUCACUUUGCGCCAGAAGCUCUUCAGCAAACCGCGACACACUGAGCUUUUUAUCGUUGUUACUAUGUACAAUGAAGACGAUAUUCUCUUUGCCCGGACCAUGAUUGGUGUUUUGAAGAACGUUGAGUACAUGUGUAGCCGGAAAGAAAGCAAGACGUGGGGUCCAGACGCUUGGAAGAAGAUCGUGGUAUGUGUGGUGAGUGACGGACGUGCCAAGAUCAAUCCGCGGACAAGGGCGCUUCUUUCCGGUAUGGGUGUAUAUCAGGAGGGUAUUGCCAAGCAGCAAGUUAACGGGAAAGAUGUUACUGCGCAUAUCUACGAGUACACAACGCAAGUUGGGAUGCAAAUCAAGAACGACGUGGUGCAACUCAUCCCCAAGAAGCAGCCCGUACAAAUGCUUUUCUGCUUAAAGGAGAAGAAUCAGAAGAAAAUCAACUCCCACAGAUGGUUCUUCCAGGCAUUUGGCCGUGUUUUAGACCCCAACAUUUGUGUACUGAUUGAUGCGGGUACUAAGCCGGGUGGAAAUUCUAUUUACCACCUCUGGAAGGCGUUCGAUCUGGAGCCUAUGUGUGCCGGCGCUUGCGGUGAGAUCAAAGCGAUGUUGGGUAGAGGUGGAAAGGAAUUGAUUAACCCUCUUGUUGCGACCCAGAAUUUCGAGUACAAGAUGAGCAAUAUCCUUGAUAAACCUCUGGAAUCAGCAUUCGGCUUCAUCUCUGUUUUACCCGGUGCUUUCUCGGCAUAUCGAUAUGUUGCUUUGCAAAACGACAAGAACGGUUUGGGGCCUUUGGAGAAAUACUUCAAGGGCGAAACGCUCCAUGGUGCUGGUGCUGGUGUUUUCACCGCCAACAUGUAUCUGGCCGAAGAUCGUAUUCUCUGCUUUGAACUUGUUACCAAGCGCAACUGCCACUGGAUCCUGCAAUAUGUGAAAUCGGCAACAGGAGAAACGGAUGUUCCCGACACUGUGACCGAGCUCAUUCUACAGCGUCGACGAUGGCUGAACGGCUCCUUCUUCGCUGCUAUUUACGCUAUUGCACACUUCUACCAGUUUUUCCGUUCGGACCACUCCAUUCUUCGCAAGUUAAUGUUCUUCCUGGAGUUCGUCUUCCAAACCUUCAACAUGAUAUUCGCCUGGUUUGCCAUUGGAAAUUUCUUCUUAGUUUUCAAGAUAUUAACGACAAGUCUUGGAGAUGAUAAACUGCUGGGCCAAGUCGGCGAGAUUCUUGGCGUCGUUUUCGAAUGGUUCUACGGUAUCUCAUUAAUGGCCUGCUUCGUUCUCUCUAUGGGUAAUCGCCCGUCAGGUUCCGGUAAACUAUAUACAGCCAUGGUUAUUCUGUGUGUGAUUAUGAUAUACCUAACCUUUGCGGCUGUUUACAUCACCUACGAGAGAGAAUUGGCGGUAUUUGGCAAGAAACUGGUGGUUGUUCAGAAGCCCCCCAGUGACGCUCAAAAGGCUGAGGCUCAAAUGGAUUACUACCGCUGGAUCCGUUCAUUGGUCGUCCUUAUCUGGAUGAUUACGAACUUCGGUCUUGUGGCUCUAGUUCUCAGCACUGCUGGUCUUGAAAGGCUCAGCCCCCAGGAGGAAGAGCAAAACCAAAACCAACGCUCAACGUUAUAUAUGACAAUUAUCCUCUGGAGUGUUGCGGGCCUCUCCGCUUUCAAAUUCAUCGGCGCUGUUUGGUUUCUCAUCGUCCGUAUGUUCAGAGGUGUUUAG